AUUCCACUCAGUUUCUCUUCUCUCUGCUGUGACUCGCGGCUGUUGAGGAUGGACGCUCGGAUCUUCACCCUGCACGUCCUGACGCUCUGCUGCCUCAUCCACGGCUCUCUGCAGGGUGCGUAUCAGCGACGUCUCUACAAGGAGCUGAUGAGGAACUACAACCCGUUAGAGCGACCGGUCAACAACGACUCCCACAGCCUCACGGUCCACUUCAGCUUCAGCCUGCUGCAGAUCAUGGACGUGGAUGAGAAGAACCAAGUCCUGACGACCAACAUCUGGCUGCAGCUGUACUGGACAGAUUUCUACCUGCAGUGGAACACGUCAGACUAUCCAGGUGUGACCAACGUCAGGUUCCCCGACAACCAGAUCUGGAGGCCCGACAUCCUCCUGUACAACAGUGCUGAUGAAAGGUUCGAUGCCUCCUUCCACACCAACAUCCUGGUCAACUCCACCGGCUACUGUCAGUACCUGCCACCAGGAAUAUUUAAGAGCACCUGUUACAUCGACGUCCGCUGGUUUCCGUUCGACGUGCAGCGCUGCGACCUGAAGUUCGGCUCCUGGACGUACGGCGGCUGGUCUCUGGACCUGCAGAUGAUCGAGGCCGACAUCACCGGAUACAUCGCCAACGGAGAGUGGGACCUCGUGGAGGUUCCCGGGCGGAGGAACGAGCGUUUCUACGACUGCUGUAAGGAGCCGUAUCCUGACGUGACCUUCACCGUGGUGAUGAGGAGGAGGACGCUCUACUACGGACUCAACCUCCUCAUCCCCUGCGUCCUCAUCUCCACCCUCGCCCUCCUCGUCUUCCUGCUGCCCGCCGACUCCGGAGAGAAGAUCUCCCUCGGCAUCACGGUGCUGCUCUCUCUGACCGUCUUCAUGCUGCUGGUGGCUGAGAUCAUGCCGGCAACGUCCGACUCCGUUCCUCUGAUAGCUCAGUACUUUGCGACCACCAUGGUGAUCGUGGGUCUGUCAGUCAUCGCUACAGUCCUGGUUCUGCAGUAUCAUCACCACGACCCUGAUGGAGGACACAUGCCACGAUGGACCCGUGUGGUUUUGUUGAACUGGUGCGCCUGGUUCCUGAGGAUGCGGCGUCCCGGCGAGGCGAAGGUCCGUCUGGCGUGUCACAACGCCACCAAGCGUCGUCGCGGCAGCCUGUCCAGCCUGGAGCUCAGCGUCAGCCAGGGGUCGCUGCGACAUCACCCGCAGGUAACCAACGGCAACCUCCUCUACGUCGGCUUCCGAGGCGUGGAGGGGUUGCACUACGCCUCGCCCACCGAGCCCGAGCUGCUCUGUUCGCGCCUGGUGGGCGGCGGCAGCGUCGGUGGGGAGGAGGACGUGCUGAGAGCUGGGGGCGGGGCUGGAGGCAGAGGAGGAGGAGGAGGUGGUGGAGGAGCGGUGGUUGGGGGCUCGAUGCUGGAGGCAGAGCUGAACCAGAUCCUGGAGGAGGUGAGAUACAUCGCAAGGCGUUUCCGAGGCCAGGACGAGGAGGAGACGGUCUGCAGCGAGUGGAAGUUUGCCGCAGCGGUGAUCGACCGGUUGUGUCUGGUGGCGUUCUCGCUCUUCACCAUCCUCUGCACCAUCGGCAUCCUCAUGUCGGCUCCCAACUUCGUGGAGGCCAUUUCCAAAGACUUCUUCAGCUGAGGAGGAAGAGCGCUGACCCACGUACCUGCUGUCUAUAUUUUUAUUUGUGUCGACAAACCAACGUGUUCGUCCGUCUGUCGGCACCUUCUGAUUUCAGUCCAUUAUCAAUGGAAUGCGUUUGUUGGGGUUUCCAGCUGCAAAUAAAUCCUCACUUCGUGCUGUAGUGAGGGCUACUGCAGCUGUAGUCCUUCGUAUCUGCAGCAAAUUACAAUGAAUUCCAUUAAUGACCCACUUUAACCAUGAAAAUAAUUAGCAUCAUGCUCCGUAGACUCAUUGUGCUCCAUAUUCCUGCAAAAAUAUGGGUCAAUUAGCUUAGCGUAGCACAAACAAAAAAAAAGAAAUGUAAAAAAUGAUCAUUUGUGGUUUUAUAGGGACUAAUGUUGUGUUUAUUUUUUGACAAGCUGUUGUUUCUAGAAGUUGUGUGUAUGUACAGAUGUAUUAACAAGACGUAGAAGUGUUAGUAGAUGUAUUUUUGAACUAGCUAGUUUCGAGUCUUUGUGCUAAGCUAAGCUAACUGCCCAUUGACACCAGCUCUGGACUUCUAAGACACAUAUAUGAGUGUGGUAUCAAAUUUCUCAGCUCACACUCAGGAAGAAAAUGAGCAUACUCUCCCAAACAUGUCUGACUGUUUGCCACAGUUAGCUGCAAUAUAACAACUGAAAAGUAGCCACAAAAUUGGUGACAAGUGUGGCUGGGAUCAACGCAGCCUGACAGAAGUAACUCUUAAACCCACAUAUUUCUCUGAUUGUUGUGAAAAAUGUUAAGUUACUGCUCCUGGCGACUGCAACUGCAGCUUCAGUUGUAGUUUCAGACGUUUCUAUGAACUGGAGGUUUACUGUACUUUAGAGCCAUUCUCUGAGGCUGCAAGUGGUGACUGUGCAUGUGCGUUUUUAGGUGAAUUAUCUCUUUAAAGGAGAUUCCCAGAAGAUGUAACAGAAUUGGAGCUGUCAACAGCUUCUCAUGGUCUUCACACAACAAACAGAGCUGGCCCAGGCGUCAUCAGGUGAACUUCAGACGUGCUGUCUCUGUUAAAGAAUCGUCUUUUCGUCCAGUUUGGUCAUCAUCACAGAUUACUGAGCUCUCUCUGCUUCUCCCUCAGAAGCUGCAUGAAAAACUACUUUGGAAAAUGACUGAAAACAAACUUAAGGAGUUCGUCUGUUGACACCAGAAAUGUCCUUUAAUCGCUUCAGGUCAGUAGAUAACGAACAUACUGUCAUGAACUUUGUAGUGUCAUUUAAACUAUUUAAUAUCGGAGCAGCUGCAUUCAGUUAGAUAGUAAAUCCAUACAGCAACAUUCACUCCUAAAAGAAAAUUUGAAAAGAACAGUUUUAAUUAUCCAAUGCAAAUAUGCUUUUUAAUCAGCAGUUGUAGAUUAAUAUGAAUUAAUAAUCACAGACAGAAAUAUUCAGUUGUUCUAAAAUGGAUUUUCUUGAAAAGUAGAUAUUUUUACACUUUAGAUGAGCGCUGUUUGAAAGUCUCAGCUCUUCAACCAGUUAUAGCUCUCCACAUCUUUUUCCUGUUUAAUAUAGAAUAGCUAAUGUUUGAUGUAAAUUUACUACAAAAGCCCUGACCCCAAAGACGAACCGCAGCGUUUCUGUAUUUAUCACAUUUAUUUAUGUGACUGUGUGAAGUCUGACCAGGUUGAGACCUGAAUGAUUGUGGUUCAUCAGUUCACGGUGACGG